AUGGGAGACCUACUCUUAGUUGAUAGAUAUUCGGAUUACAACCACAUAUGUAAAACUGCUGGCCACAGAUUCUGGAUCUUCAAGUUGGAGGCAAAUGAGAAGAAAUGGGUUGAGCUUGGGGCGGGAGUUUUGGAUGAUCGAAUAUUGGUGCUGGGGGAUGACGGCUGCUACUUCGUGUCUAGUCGGGAUUUCCCUGGAUGCAAGGGGAAAAGCAUUUAUUUCAACGAGCCUUGGUAUGAGAAGUCGUAUAAGCAUGAGCUAGCAAGAAUGCUACCCCGAUUUGGAGUGUUCAGCUUAGAUUCUGGCAGCAGCAGCAUCUUGCGGCUAGCAGAUCUUCCGAGUUCCGAGAACAUGUUUUGCCCACCCCCAACUUGGACUUGGCCUGCAAACAAGCCAUACUCUUUCAAACACAAUCAUGGGGAAGAUUCCAUAUCAACUUCAGAACCUACUUGUAUUAAGAAAUUAACUUAA